AUGGAUCAGCUACAGCGUCGCAUUUGCCAGACUCCGGCCAACUUUCGGUCGUUACUACCAGCAAUCACUCCACGGAAGAAACAGAGGCCUGGGUGUUUUCUUCUCAACCUCCCUGUCGAGGUUCUGGAGUUUAUCAACGAAUACCUUCCUCCCAUCAGCCGAGCAUAUAUUCGACUAACAUGCUUGGCCAUGUACAACUCGCUCAAAAGCCCGGCCCUUUCUCGAGAGGAAAAGCUGGAGUGUCUUGCUCUGAUUCAUCGAGACCGACCCGACUGCUGGGUUGCUGAAGAGUGGCCGUUGGUCAGGGCUGUUGUAUACAGCGACUUGCCCACGCCACCAAAGGGUCGUCCCAUCUUUCAGGAUUUGCCCUAUUUUGCGGAUGAGAUAUACUUGUUUGAGCGCAAUGCCGUGAUGGUCGAGCAUAAGCACGUCCAGCUUGCCAUCAAAUACAGCGAGCUCGAUAGAAGGAACUUGAGGCAAGCGAUAUAUCUCAGACUUCUGCUGGAACCGUUCAAGACGGUGUUUAGACCUCGCUUCAGACCUGGCCCUCUGUGGAGAGCUAAGGAGACAUGUUCCUUCCAGUGGUAUCCCAAGGUGGUCUCUGGUAGGUAUCUUACCUUUACCCAGCGGCGUUUCACAAACAACUGGGAAGACAAACCAAUAGAAAUGCACCGACUUACACCCUUCGGGUCAUGCAUGCAUCAGUUCACGGACCCCGAGCGAUUUGGACAUUUCUUGCAACGCCAGAGAAUGUAUGGGAGUCAAAUGAAGCGUCAGUCCAAACAGAGGCAGCGGUUUAGACUGCACCCCGAGUGCAGCGAUCCUUUCUUCGAAUGCCUGCAAGAUGCAUAUAGUAUGCAUGGAGUUUGGUUCGACGGAGCGUGUCCUUGGUGUCUUACUGAGUUUUCGAUGAGUGUACAAUCAGGAGACCUGGUUGUGAACACAUGGAGAGACUUGGGGGGUUGUGAUUCGCCUUUGAAUCCUGACUGGCGGUCACAUACUUACUAUGUCGAUACUGGGACAAAGGAUGUUAUAGAGCGUUGUCCUUGGGAAAUUCGAAGUCGCUACAGUGUUGACGAGAGAAUAGGUAUUUGGGCAAAGACAAUGCGGAUGAUGACAUAUGUAACAUCCAAAGUGUACAUCGCAAUGCCAUCUUGUUAG